CUUGGCGCGGCGAAGAAGGCCCAAGAAGACUCUCAAAGGGUCCGUAACCAUUUUGGCUCAAGGGCACGGAUCGGUGAUCGAUCGCUUUCUAGCGUCGUUCGGCGAUGUAUCACUUCGUGAGGACCAUGACUGGGAAGAACAUCGGAACCCGCCCGCAGGAUAGCGACGCAGAAGCUGCGGUCCCUCCAGAUCAGCAACUUUUUUUCCGUGCAGGCAGGCAUGCCAAGGGUGACUUGGUUGUUGGUUUUCAAAGCGGAUUACGUAUGAGGAGGCAUUUAUGUUGUUCUUUCUCUGGCGGACGGGUCGCCAGUGUUGCCGCAGUGGUUGUUACUCUGGUCGUGACCAUUGUCUUCAGUGUGGUAGCCGUUCGCAAACGGAGUGUUUCUCGUACCGAGCCAGUCAGGUCCAACAUACUUAGUCUCACGGAAGGUUCCAGCCUUGGAGCAGCAGUGUGCGUCGUGGGCCAAGCGACGCGGUUGGAGAUUGAGAGUAAGAUACAGAACCUUAUCGAUCCGCUCGCCAAUGUUACACAUGUAGAUGUUUUCUUGUCUCUGGAGAUUGACGAUCACGCAGUCUUCAACAACCCUAUAACGGUUGAUGUCGACGGCGCUAAAUGCCGCGGAUCGGAGUUGGAUGUGGAUGGGUUGAAGGAAGCGUUUGCGCCGUAUUUCAGAGACGGAGUGUUCGGGCCACACGUGGACGAGAACGUCACUUUGGAGCGGUGGCCGAAGUUGUACAAGAGACAGCACCCCGAUGACGACGCAAAGCGGAAGACUCAUAUUGCCAACGUGGCCAGCCAGCUGAGGCACCAGAAGGAUUGCGCGGAGCUUAUUCGAAAGAGCGAGGAGUCUGCGGGCGGUAAAUACGACAUUGUGGUGAAGGUCCGUGACAACACCAUCGCGUUGCGGCCUGUGGCGCCAGACAAGCUGUUAUCAAUCACAGAAGUCGUCCUCAAGCAUUGCAAUUGGUGGGGUGGCGUUCACGAUAAAGUCAUGGCCCUCCCACGCAAGUAUCUCGAGAAGAGUUUGGGUGCCGCAUAUGAUGCCAUGCAAGCCGUCAUGUACGAUGAUCCCCUGCCACGUCGGCUAUGGGCAAUGUCAAAUCAGUCCCACAAUACGGAGCAAAUUGUUAUGUUUACGCUCACAUCAAAUCUAGUUCCUUUCGUUGAAAAGAAUUUCGAGAUAGGAGACCGAGAUGGUGGCGAUUAUUUGCCAUUCGUGGACGGCAGGUGCUAUCCUGGCAAGGAGCCUGGAGACGAAGGUCGCUGGUGCAUCGUUUCUCACUGCAAGGACUGCUGGCCGAGCAUGCCCUGGACAUACAACGUCUCCUGCGAGGUAGCUAGGACUGGUCUGGAGGUUGGCAGUUAUCAGCCAAAUCUGUCCUCGCAGUUCGACACCUCUUUUGAUGAGCAGACGCUCGCAGAUCCCGACCCGACGCGGGAGUGCGCGAAUCCCCUCUACAGGUGACAGGGCGCGUGCCGUGGAACUUGGAGGCCGAGGUGUGGCGAUGCGUGGCGUUGCGGCGAGGGUGCGCAAGGGCUACCGCUCCAGCUGCGCCCCUGCCUCGUGCAUGAAGCUGUGAGUGUUGCGUGUUCCAGGCGUCGCUGCUGCAAGACAUUGCACGUUAGGUUGGUUCUCUAGGUGCAUGGGGUCACAUGGGAGCCAGAGGAACUUCUGCGAACCUCUUCGACCAGCCUCGCAAAGCCGAGCGCCGAACUGGAAGCGAUUGAUCCGGCAGCACCUGCAAAA